UGUCCCCCGGGGGCCCCGCCAUGGACGCCUGGGUUCGCUUCAGCGGGCAGAGCCAGGCCCGGGAGCGGCUGUGCAGGGCCGCCCAGUACGCCUGCGUCCUCCUGGGCUACUCCCUGCAGAGACAUGGGGCGAGCGAGGCCGCGCUCAGACAGAUCAAGGAGCUGGAGGGACACUUCGGGGUCGUCCGCAAGCUGCUCCGCCUGGGCAACUCGGUGGACGCCCUGGAGUCGGCCAAGCGUGCGGUCCACCUGUCGGACGUGGUCCUGCGCUUCCUCAUCACCGUCGGCCACCUCAACCGCGCCAUGUACUUGGCCUGCGACAACGUCCUGUGGGCCGGCCGGGCCGGGCUGGCUCCGCAUCUCGACCAGGACAAGUGGACUCGACGCUCAUUCCGGUACUACCUGUUCGCGCUGAUCAUGAACCUGAGUCGCGACGCCUACGAGAUGGGGCUGCUGAUGGAGCAGGAGGCGUCGGGGCGACGGGCCAAGGGGGGCGAGGAGUGGGGGCCGGGGCCGGGGCCGGGGCCGGGGCCGGGCCGGGCUCCCCUGGCCGCCCUGGGGCUGCGGCUGCGGCUGGCCGGCCGGGUCCUGCGCGCCCACCCGCCCCUGCUCCUGGACGUGGUCCGCAACGGCUGCGACCUGGCCAUCCCCCUGGACCGCCUCGGCCUGCUGCGCUCCGGGCCCGGGGUCGUGGGCUGCUGCGGCCUCCUCUCCUCCGUCCUCUCCAUCCUCGCCCUGCUGCACCCCUGGAUGAAGCUCAAGCCCUGAGCCGACCCACGGACGAUGGACGGACCCGCCGGUCCCUCCCCAAUUCCCGAUCCGCGUCUUGCUUCUCCGCCCCGUCCCUCCGGAAGUCCGCUCGAUUCACCCCGGGUGAGGCCGGGGACGGGGGGACCCCGAAGUCCUCGUCCAUCUCCCCGUCCCCUUCGAGGACAAAGUUGGAACUUUUUCCCCCCUUUUUAUAAAAAAAAAAGGAACAAAUCCAAGAUUCAACGUGUAAGAUUCCUCCUGGGAGAAAACCAGAGGCGGGAAGGGUCUUGCUCCCCGUCUCAACUUCCCUUCUUUGGUUUUUGUCCACCGCCUUCCCCCGUGUAAAUACUGUACAAUUAAACCUUGUAAAUACCCGUGCCCGGCGUUAGAACUCCUUGAAGAGCCCGGCCUGGUCCUCAUCCCCUCCCAAAUGCUCCCUGUCCGGUUCGUCUUUGUCAGCGACGUUAUUAAUAAUAAUAAUAAUAAUUGU